UUAGGGUCUAUCCAUCGGCCUACUCCUUCGACCACGUUCAGUCUUUAGUCAGUCGUCCUUCGUCAUGGAGGACCCUCCGUCUGGGGAACUUUGUGUGUAUUACAAGAUCUGCCGCUACUUGGGCAUCUUCUGCAUCGACUACAACCUCUCAAAGCAGAGAUUUUGGCUGCGUCGCAGCCUCAUCUGCUAUGUGGUGCACUUUGCCGUGCAGACGUAUCUCAUCGGCUGCAUCGCCAUAAUGGUGCUCUACUGGAAUCACGCCUUCAAGGAAGAAAUGACCCAGACCGGGAAUCACUUUGAUCGCCUGGUGAUGCUCUUGGCCCUGGGAAUGCUUCUGGUGCAGAAUGCCUGGCUCAUUUGGCUGCAGGCCCCCCAUCUGCGCAUCGUUCGCAAGCUGGAGUUCUAUCGCAGGAAACACUUGCAACAUCUCCGGUUCCAGCUACCCAAACGUCUCCUCUGGAUAAUCAUCAUCUCCAAUAUGCUCUACCUGUACAACUUCGUCAAGAUCUGCGUCCUUGAGUGGCUGUCGGAUGCCACGCGCCUGUUCGUGAUCACUGCCCUGGGAUUCCCCAUCCGCUAUUUGGUUACCAGCUUCACGAUGGGCACCUACUGCUGCAUGGUCCACCUGAUGCGGCAUCUCCUGCUCUCCAAUCAGUCGCAGAUUUCCCUCAUAAUCUCACAGAUACAGGAUCCCAAGCUCGGCUCCGCGAACGUCCUGAGACUUCGCGGCUGCCUGGACAUGCACGAUCGCUUGGUCCUGCUGUGCAACGUGGAGAUCAGUCUCGUGUAUGGCUUCAUUGCCUGGCUAUCUUGGAUGUUUGCCUCUCUCGACGUGACUGGUGUGAUAUAUCUGGCCAUGGUGGUGCCAUCCCUCAGAAAUCCAUGUGUACAGAUAGUGGGCUAUCUGGUGUGGCUGACUCCCUCAUUGAUGACCUGUGGCGCCAGCUUCAUGAGCAAUCGCGUGGCUCUACAGGCAAACAAAACGGCAAAGAUAUUGGCCAAGGUACCAAGAACUGGGACAGGAUUGGAUAGAAUGAUUGAAAAGUUUUUACUCAAAAACCUACGACAGCAGCCCAUUCUCACAGCCUAUGGAUUCUUUGCUCUAGAUAAGAGCACUUUGUUCAAGCUCUUCACGGCAAUCUUCACGUACAUGGUCAUACUCGUUCAGUUCAAGGAAAUGGAAAACUCCACAAAGUCCAUCAACAAAUUCUGA